AUGAUAUCCGUCAAAAUAAAUUCUCAGUCCAUACACAACUUUGAGUUCGUUCGCACAGAGCCAACAACUUCUCAAAUCCUCUUCGAGAUUCUCCUCCCUGAUUGCGACAGUGCCAUCUUAAAAAUUACCGCCGAGGGAGUCUCAAAUUUCAUCUUCUACACAUACGUCCUCUCAUCUAUUUAUUUCCUCCACAUUUUCCAACGACUUAUCAUCAACCACCACGGAGCCUUCUCCAAUCAAAUUCUCCCAAUAAUUGCGAUUCAAUUAUCGAGUAUUAACUAUGUCGUAAUUUACCUGCAUUGUGUUUGGGACAAUCUUUUUCGAUACCUUUUCAACACUCUUCUCGGCCUACCGUAUGGACCUUCAUUCUUUUACCCCACUCCUCAACACUUGACAGAGGUCUUCCUACGCAUUUCUAUCUAUCAUCCGACAUCUGAAGGCCUUGACUUCUGGACGAAACAACUUCUCCUUUUCGCCAUUGAACUGGCUAUACUAAGUAUUUCUAACUGCAUCAUUCCGUGGUAUGAAGUACAGCAAGAGCGAUGGCGCAUGUCAACGGAUCACCUAGCAGACAAAGAGUUUCAAAUUCAGGCCAAGGCAAAUGAAUGGGUUAAAGGAGAAUGUCAAAAUGGAGACCUGGAUCAUCGGUUAUCUCACAUAUCUGAAUCUCUAGAGUUGCGACUCGAAGAUAAUCAUAGAUUUGAAGGCAAAGAUGAUGAAUACCAAGCACUUUGUUCGGACAUCAGCGAUGUUGUUGAAGACCUUGAAAACAUCGUCUCGCAAACCGGAGACUCUAGUGUCAGCAGCGCUCAUGACCUUGAUACUUUAUGGGGCUUGAUAAAGAGGAGUAAAUGGGGUUUUGAAAGUGAAGAAGGUGUCGAGGAAACACAAAGUGAUGAAAUCGACAAAGAAGAAUGGAGCAUCCUUGGGGAGAGUGCUGUUUUGGAACAUCAAACGAGGGAAAUAUAA